CUCAAUAUAAAAAAAAUGUAAGAGUAAUAAUAAGACAACACAUUAAACAAAACCAAGACCGAUAAAAUAUGGUUGGUUUAAUGGUUGCUCAUUAAUUCUUGCUUUUUCUACCAACUCUUCUACUUAGUAGUUACCACUUCUAGCUCUAGAAACCACAACAGGCACAAAAAUGGGAACCAAACCUAUUUUUGAUUCUAUGUUGAAUGAACGCAAAGCCUUUGAUGAAACCAAAGCUGGUGUCAAAGGACUUGUUGAUGCAGGUAUUACCAAGAUUCCAACCUUAUUCCAUCAUCAACCUGACAAUUAUCAGAAAUCCAACAACAUAAACCAUGCUAUUCCUGUCAUAGAUCUUGUAGAUGUUAUCGAUAAUAAACAAGAUUCAAGUAUUCAACAAGGGAUUGUUCACAAAAUAAAAGAAGCGUGUGAAACUUGGGGUUUUUUUCAGGUUGUUAAUCAUGGAAUUCCUUUGACUGUUCUUGAGGAGUUGAAGGAUUGUGUUAAGAGGUUUCAUGAGCAAGAUAUUGAAAUCAAAAAAGGUAUGUAUACAAGAGAUCAAGAUAAAUCAUUCAUUUAUAAUAGCAAUUUUGAUAUUUAUAGCUCACCAGCACUCAAUUGGAGAGAUACUUUUAUGUGUUACUUGGCUCCUGAUACUCCCAAUCCACAAGAUUUUCCUCUAGUAUGCAGAGAUAUACUACUAGAAUAUGGCAAACAGAUGAUGAAUUUAGGGACUUUACUGUUUGAAUUGUUGUCAGAAGCUUUAGGAUUGAAUCCAAACCAUCUAAAAGACAUGGGUUGUGCUGAAGGACUAAUUGCUCUUUGCCAUUAUUAUCCUCCAUGUCCUCAACCAGAAUUGACUGUGGGAACAACCAAGCAUUCUGACAAUGAUUUUCUCACAGUGCUUCUACAAGACCAUAUUGGUGGCCUUCAAGUUCUUCAUCAAGAUAAAUGGAUUGAUGUUAAACCUGUCCCUGGGGCUCUCAUAGUUAAUGUUGGAGAUUUUUUGCAGCUUAUAACAAAUGACAGAUUCAAGAGUGUUGAACACAGAGUACUUGCAAAUCGUGUCGGUCCAAGAAUAUCUGUUGCAUGCUUUUUCUCCACAGGUUUUAGGUCAUCCUCAAAGCUGUAUGGACCUAUGAAGGAGCUUUUAUCAGAAGAGAAUCCUCCCAAGUACAGAGAAACUACAGUUGCUGAAUAUGUAGCCUACUUUAAUGCAAAAGGAUUAGAUGGUACUUCUGCUCUGGCACAUUACAGAAUUUGAACUAGGCACUAGGGAAGAAAAAAGAUUAGCUCAUACACAUAAUUGAGGAGAAUAAACUUGGUCAGUUUAUGAUGGUGUAGUUUGUUAUGAAUUCCACAUGAUUGUGAUAUGAACUACAAAUAUGAUGUGGUUUCUGUUUUAUGCUAUGGGAGAAUUACAAAGCAUAUAAACUUUCUUAACUGAAUCGUUGCCUUUGGUGGCUGAUACACUGAUGCAUCAAUUUCUUGGUUUUGAAUAACAGUCAUAUGAAGUAAUUGAUGAUGCCUUUGCAUUUGAA